AUAUGUGCUAGCGUUAGCUAGCUAGCUAACGUUUAGUGUAGGUUUUAGCGGUCCAUUUGUCAUUCUACAGGGUAGUGAAAUGAUGUCUAGAUUAAACAGUUAGUAAAUAAUAUUAAGUAUACUGACAGCUUUAGUUAACGUUAUCUAAGAAACAAGUAAGGCCAGCUAAGGUAGCUUUGUUUACAUGUGUGCUAGCUAGCACAUCAAGGAAAUCAUUACAGUGGGAAUGCAAAGCUAAGUGUUAUUGCUUGUUCAGUGUCCAAUAUAGUCGACAGCAAGGUGAUUGUGAGAGCUAGAUGCUACCGUUCGAUGAGGAAGAACGAGGAGCCACACAAACUUGAGGUGACUUUGGAGGCACACAACUGUACCCUGACUGCCCAUGUAUGCAGUUGUGCAGCUGGUAAAGGGUUGUGCAAUCAUGUAGUUGCACUGCUUUUUCAAACAGCCCACUAUGUGCAGCUUAAUUUGAAUGCUGUGCCACUGCCACUGGCCUGCACAAGUGAGCUGCAAAGAUGGCAUAGGCCAAGGACUCAGGGAGUCCAUCCAGAACCAUUGGGUCAGCUUAUUGUGAGGAAGCCUAAAACACUGCAGAAGACUGGAGUGAAGUCUACUCUUUACAGAGCUUAUCCAGGCCCCCUUCCUGAUGAACAUGUUUUGGCAUCGGCAGAGAAACUGAGUCAAGUCAGCCCUCGUCCUCUACUAGCGACUGUGUUAGAGAGCCUCUCAGAUGUUGAAUUUUUUCCCUCUAAGUUUGGGCCAGUGCCUCGUGGAAGUACACUGUCUUACCAGUGUCCUCUUGUGAGUACAGUGACAACCGGUCCCGACACUGUGAACUUUCCUGUACUGCCUGUUGCUGGACAUUCACUGGGAUCCAAUUUUAACUUUGUUCCCAGUCACCAUCAAGCCCUUCAUUUAGAGUCUUUAAAGGUGUCUUUUAGUAUGGCGGCAGAAAUUGAAGAAAACACCAGACUUCAAUCAAAAUGCACUGCAUGGGCACAAAUUCGUCAACCAAGGGUAACUGCAAGCAGGUUUAGAGAGGUAUGCCAUGUGGUAGGGGAUUUAGCUGGGCAGUCACUAGCAGCUCGAAUCAUUAGGGGGACAAAGCAAACGUGUGCUAUGAGACGUGGGUUGGACCUUGAACCAGAAAUAUUGAGAACCUAUUCUCAAAUGGCAAAUGUCACUGUAAUGCCAUGUGGUUUGGUUGUGCACCCAGAGGCACCACAUCUAGGAGCCAGUCCAGAUGGGAGAGUGUAUGAUCUUUUGGAAACCCCACCAUUUGGGCUGGUAGAAGUAAAAAGCACCACAGCUGAUAAUAUAGCUGGAGUUUCAUUUAUCAAAAUGCACAAAGAUCAGGCCAAACUAAAACAAUCGCAUAAAUACUACUGGCAGGUUCAAGGCCAGCUUGCAGUGACUGGUUUGCAGUGGUGUGACUUUGUCACAGACACAAAAGGUGACCUCACAAUACAGCGAAUUUGGAAAGAUGAUGUUUUUAUAGCAUCAAUGAAAGACAAGUUGGAUGCUUUUUAUCACAACAUAUACAUGAACAUGUAUCUUUCCAUGGUCUGAAUAGCAUUUGCAUUUUAAGACACUGAAGUGUGACAGAUCUGUAAAUAUUUUAUGUAUAUAUAAAUGUAUAGUGUAUAGUGUAUAGUUAUUUUUCAUGCACCUACUUGCAGAUCAUUUGAUUAUUAAGCUUACAAUUGAUGGGGAAAAAUUGAAAACUUCUCUAAUGCAGGACCUAGAUGGUGUUUGUAAGAAACCUGUAAAAUGUUUUAUAAGGAUAAAAGGUUGAACAUAAUCACAUGAAAAAAGGAAAGUGAGUAGCAAAUGUGUUUUUAUCUUUAUUGUUUAUUGAAUAAAAUUCAGAAUAAAAAAAAUCAUUGUCUCAGUAUGUCAUUGUUUUGGGCAAAAAUAAUUAUAGUUUUGAUUUUUUAAAUUGCAUGUAGGACCUUUUUGAGCUACAUAGACAAACAUGUUACAUCAUGAAACUGAUUAAAAAAUAUUAAAUGGAUAUGAACAAGUAUGUAUGUUCAUUCUUCAAAUCAUUCACUCAUGGAUCAAGGAACAUUGGUCCCUGGUAAUUCACCAUAAAACAGCAAUUAUGCCAGAUCUGAUUGAUGCUUCCAGCCAGGCUAAGGGGCACAGUAGAAUCCCAAAUAUGGUUUUCCUUAACCCUGCGAAUCACUCUUUCCACAAGGAUCCUGAGGCGGGCAAUUGCCUGUGUUUGUUCACAGUCCUUUUUGCUGAACUGUUUUCCAUGUUUGAAUGGUGGGAUGAUUAGUCUUGCACCUUUAGUUGCCA